AUGUUGCACGACGAAAUGGUGAUGGGAGCAGUGCUGGUACACUGCACUGGCCAAACCGCCAGCUUUGCAGACUCUCUCCGAGACAAGCUAAUCAAUUGGAAGCUGAAGACUACUGGCAUGAACCCCGCAACAGAAAGCUUUCUUAUUCUCCACAGAUUUGGUUGUCUCACGGACACGGGAACAGAGUUGGAAUUGAAGCAGGCGAUUGAGCAUUUCAGAGAGAAUCUGCAGCACUCUAUCAAUGCAAAAAAUCUCAAUGGCUACAUCACAGCCUAUAUGCAAUGUUCGGUUUUAUUAAUAACCGGAGCUCUGGCGCCUCAACGCAAAGGCUGUGAGAAGCUCUACGAAUCCCUCAUGAAGAUUCAAGGCGCUACAUCGACCUGCGCUACGCGAGAGCUGGUAGUCGUGGAAAAUGUCGCAAAUGUGUUAGCUGAAAGGCCCGACAAAGUUAUAGAAAGUAUGCAAUAUUUCCUCCAGGGCAUCGGUUUGGUGAGUCACCUGAAGAUGCAGACCACUCCACUGAACCUUAAUAGAAGAAUGUCCAUGGAGGACUACGAUAAGCCAAUGGGACGUGUGCAGUUGGCUGGUGGUUUUCGUCCCAACCUAACAGCACCCAGUGACGUACCUGAAGAAAACAAUAACUGA